AUGCAAUUUGUUGAGCCAAGUUGGCAGUUCAUAAAGGACUCAAUUCGGCUAGUUAAGAGAUGCACCAAACCUGACAGAAAAGAAUUCCAGAAGAUUGUCAUAGCCACAGCGAUAGGAUUUGCUAUCAUGGGCUUUACUGGGUUCUUUGUGAAACUGAUCCAUAUCCCUAUUAAUAACAUUAUUGUGGGUGGCUGA